UACCAUUUUGAUACGUAAUUAAGAUUCAUAUAUAUAUAUAUAUAUAUACAUAUUUAUGUAUGGACGGCCAUUUUAGACGCUCCAACUUAAUUCAGCACUACUACUCUUCUGAUACAUUCGUUCGUUCACAGAGCAGAGCAGAGAGUGAAUAAUUAAUUAAUUAAGCAAAGCAAUCGUAGCAAUGGCUGGAGUUGGGAUUCCGCUAUGCGUAGAGUGCGGCACCACCAGUAAUCCAUGCCGGUGCAAGGUGGUGGGUCCAACGCUGGGGUUCUUGGCGUUCGCGGCCGCCGCCGUGGUGGAGUGGCCGGUGGGUGCCCUGGUCUACUGCUUCCGCCACGCCAAGGGCCGCCGCAUCAUGGCCCAUCCCGCCACCGUCAUUUACCCUUCCGUUUCCAGUGCCAUCCCCAUUUGACGACAUCGACAUGCCUUCCUCCGCCGCCCGUCGAGCUUUUAUUAUGCUCUUAAGACUUCCAAGUAUACCGAUACUUGUAAUAAAGCAGUUGUGUUUUCUAUGGCAUGUUUUAGUACGUAUCAUAAAUGGAAUUGGAUUUCCAUUUUUGUUUGCAUUAUAUAUCUGUUGGUAGUUCUAAUUGCAUCAGUACAGUAAUCGAGUUUCAAGAAAAUCUGAAUUCUGGUAUUACUAUAAAUAUCGUGAUUAAAUUGAGAGUAAAUGACUUCUGCAUCUAACCGGUUCUUGCGAUUGUAAUAUAAGUACGAGCCACGCGGAAACUAAGGAUAAUGAUGCAAAAAUGAAGAAAAAGCAUAUGCAUAUAUGUUUGGGUGGUUAAUUUCAAUAUUUGGCU